CUAUAGAAAGCUAUGGUAAGCAUAGCGAAGAAGUUUUUGGCCCAAACCCUUAAAUUUUGAAUAGGUUAGACCUUUGACACGAAUCGGAAAUGGUUUUCUUGUAGUGACAAACGAUGGCCAGUGCGCGAAUACUCAGUCGUGGGCUAACCAGGAUAGUAGCUGGCCCCUGGAAUUAUGUUGCAGGUAAAAGAUGUGAGCCAUGCGAUGCUUCUCACAGCAUGAAGGUCAUAGAGCCAGCAACGGGACAGCUGAUGUGUGAAGUACCUGUCUCUGGACAAAAGGAAGUGGCACGUGCUGUAGCAGCUGCCAAAGAAGUGUUUCCAUAUUGGAGUAAGCUCUCUGGUAGGGAACGUGGUCAAAAAUUACUGGAAGCUGGUCGAAUCAUCCGUGAAAAUUUGGAAGAUAUUUCUAAGCUAGAGGUCAGAGAUACUGGAAAACCAAUAUGGGAAGCAAGAGUGGACAUAGCAUCAUGUGCAGAUGCUCUUGAGUAUUAUGGUGGAGUAGCUGGUGCCAUAGUGGGUCAGCAUGUUCCCCUCAGUGGUGGGUCUUUUGCUAUGGUACAGCGUGAGCCUUUAGGAGUAAUUGGAGGGAUUGGUGCCUGGAAUUUUCCCAUGCAGACUUGUGUUUGGAAGGUGGCACCUGCUUUAGCAUGUGGUAAUACAUUUGUUUAUAAACCUUCGCAAUUUACACCUGUUACUGCUGUCACACUUGCAGAAGUUCUUAAGGAAGCUGGUGUGCCUGAUGGAGUAUACAAUGUCAUACAGGGUGAAGGUGAAGCUGGAGUGUUUCUGUGUAAUCAUCCUGAUGUUGCCAAGCUGUCUUUCACUGGCUCUGUUCCAACUGGUGUGAAGGUAAUGGCAACAGGAGCUCAAGGAAUCAAGGCUGUAACCUUGGAGCUGGGAGGCAAAUCUCCUCUCAUCAUAUUUGAGGAUGCUGAUAUGAAGAAUGCCAUCAAAGCUACAUUAAUUGCAAACUUUUUAUCACAAGGUCAAGUUUGUUCUAAUGGCACAAGGGUGUUUGUCCAAAGGAGCAUAUUCAAGGAGUUUGUGAAACGAUUAGUUGAUGCAACCAGUAAAAUGAAGAUUGGCAAUCCAUUUGCUGAAGACACUACUGUGGGAGCAACAAUUCAUGAAGAUCAUGCCAGAAAAGUGUUAAGUUAUAUAUCAAAAGCAAAAGAGGAGGGAGCAACCUUAUUAUGUGGUGGAGAAAGAAUUAUGCUGGAAGGAGAAUUAUCAGGAGGCUAUUAUUUAUCACCAGCAGUCUUAGCAGACUGCAAGGAUGAUAUGACGGUUGUUAAGGAAGAAGUGUUUGGCUCUAUAGCCUCUAUACUAGAAUUUGAUACAGAAGAGGAAGCUAUUCAAAGAGCCAAUAAUACUGAUUUUGGCCUUGCUGGAGCUGUGUUUACCAAGGAUAUUCAGCGUGGACACAGAGUUGCUAAUUCCAUUGAGGCUGGUACAGUUUGGAUAAACAAUUACAACCUGUAUCCAACUGAAGUGCCAUUUGGAGGUUACAAACACAGUGGAAUAGGAAGAGAAAAUGGCUUGGCAGUUAUCGAUUUCUUUACUCAGACUCGUACUGUGUAUGUAGAGAUGGGUGAUGUUGACUGUGGUCCCCUGUAUCAGGAAUAAUACCAUUGCAGUUAGUACAUAGUAUACAUUAAGUAGAUUUUUGUAUUUUAACAUUUUUAUGUAGCUGUAGAUAUUUUUAGCAAUCAUGAAUGUGAUUUUUACAAAAGUUGGUGCUGUUGUUGGCAAUGAAAGAUUCUAUUUUUUAUACAUUGUUACUCAAGGCAUUGUAGUCAACUAUACAGUAGAGACCCGGUUCACGACCGUAUUAGAACUCGACAUAAUCGGAUUUCGCCACUAAAUUUCCAAUAAACUUUGUAUCUGUUUUCAACCAAAAAAACCAGUUUCGACCCCGACCAUAUGAUGUUU